ACACCACCUCCAUCGCAAGACCCAGAAGAGGAAUAUAUUAUUCCUGGUUGCUUAACUCAGGCUCAACGGACAGACAUGUUGAUCCAGGAGGAUGCAGAUGAGAUAGUGGGGGAGAUCAUGGAUGAACUAUUGAGUAAGGUCAUGGAAAGCUGUUUAAAGGUGGACAUUGACAGACAGCUAAUACCUUUCUGCGCAUCCUGGGCCAUGGGCUACCUCACACAGACUCUAGAGUGCCAAGUCUUGUGCCUUGAUGAGGGAGAAGACCAAGAAGAAGCAUCUAGAACAGAAGACUCUGAGCCUGUGCCAGGGAUUCCAGAUGCUUGGGCUGAAGGAUGUGUUCCUGUUAUAUAUGCUACCCAUGGACCUCAUCUCACCUCACAACAGGAGGUGGAUGGUGGCCAGGUCCUAGCACAAACAGAGCUAAGUGUCAACCAGCAAUAUAAUGUUGUGGCCCAAACAGAGAGCUCUUCAGUACAAACUAAGAAUGAAAUAAGUCUCCAGAGCCUUGUCAGUGACAAGCACUGUAAAGUGGUUGAUCCUUGCCUUCCACGAAAAACUGAUCCAAAGAAAAAGCAGCAGAUUCAUUUAUCUGCCAGACAUGUUCAAGGCAAAUUACUACCACCCUUGUCCUGCUCACCAGAAAAAAAGGAUGUGGAGGUAGAGGGUAAAAAUAUAAGACAUUCUGUUCAAUCACAACAUCCGCAAAAGAACUGCCACCGCAUACCAAAGCUUGAUAAGCUCAGCUUGCCUCAACAUUGUCUUUUUCCUCAGUUUGAGAUUGUGGAUAACAAUUACACAAAAUCCAACUUGAAGAAACCAAAUGGACUAUCCAGACUAGAGCCAAGAUAUAACAAGCAGCAAGCUGACAGGACAUUACCGUCACUGAAGCCACUAACCAGCUCCAAGGAUCAGCCAAAAAUGUUUCAGAGACAAAGUGAAGAUGAUCCUUGUCUGAAGAAACUGUCUCCUUCUAAACAUGGAAAGGAGCAGACUGAGCAGACCAGGCCUCUCAGACUGGAAACAAUGAUCUUGGCCAAGGGUGUUUCUCUCUCGAAUCCCCAGUCUGUUGAACUUAACCCUCUCAAAUUCAACAAUCCAACCCAGUUUAUGAAUCUGAGGCCAAUACAGAGGAGCGUAGCUGUGCCACUUUAUUCAGUUGAUCAGCUUACCAGUGGUCCACCACCUCAGGUCACUCCAUUGUUUCAGCCCAAGAGCUGUGAAAACUGAUUUUAAGGGUUAGUGGUGUCUGUAUUUGUAUUUUGAGAAUGGUCGUUAUGU